AUGACUAUGGACACUACAAUCAGAAAACAACACCAUUAUUACCAUCAUCCACCAAAGCAUGUCAGCACACCGUUAGGACAUAUGCUUUCAUUGAUUGAAGUGCCAACAGCAUCCAAUGUUCGCUUUUUGAUACUGGAUUGUCCCACUGAAUCGACACUAUCCCUCUACGUGGAUGAAUUCGUCCACUACAAUGUCUCCACGGUGGUUCGAUGCUGCCAGCCCACAUAUAAUGCACAGAUAUUAAUAUCCAAAGGUAUUUCAGUCAUUGAUUUACCCUUCAAAGAUGGCGGCAUACCGCCCGAAAGCAUCAUCCAUGAUUGGCUUCAUACUAUCCAAAAUGCCUCAAAUACCACGAUUGCAGUCCACUGUGUUGCCGGAUUAGGUAGAGCGCCUGUUCUGGUUGCAAUAGCUCUGAUUGAACUAGGCAUGGCGCCAUUAGAUGCAAUCCAGUUCAUCCGAGAGAAAAGAAGAGGCUCCUUCAAUAAACCCCAAAUCACAUUUCUUGACAAUUACAAGAAGAGAAAACCUGCGAAUCAAUCAUACUCUUUCCGCACAUCGUUUGGUAGGAUGUUUGGGUUUGGACCAAAAACUGUAUCUCAACAAACUUGA